AUGGGUGGAAGGAUCGCCACAGAGCAAAAAAACACAUCAGAAAUCAAGGUGGAAAAGCAGGAUCCAGCAGAAGAUGUAUCGGGGGCCAGGCUGGAAAGAGACCUUUGCAUCAUCCAGGUUGAGGCAAGCAGAGAACUUCUGGCCGAAGGGGCCACAUGUGAUAUUAAGCAAGAACCUCAGGAUGAGCCACAUCGCUAUUGGGAAGCCCAAAGACAGGAGCUGCCAAAGGAAACGCAGUUUCCUCAGCGAGGAUGGGAAAACCCGCAGCUGCCCCAGUCUGAGGAGAAUGUCAAGGUGCUGAAGUUCCCCUUCAAGGGAUCCGAUGAUGCUGAAAAGUGGCCUCGUGGCGAGUGGAGGACCUCAGCACUGUCAACCGGCCAUGUAGAAUCCAACCAGGCUGACAGAAGCCAGGAUCUCUCUGGAAAUGUGGCUCCAGUUGAGAUUAUAGAUGAGGACGCUGUCGGCUUGGAGAUUCGGCGCCGGCGCUUCAGGCACUUCUGUUACUGGGAGGCUGAGGGACCUCGAGAAGUCUUCGGCCAACUAUGGGAGCUUUGCCGUCAAUGGCUGAAGCCCGAGAGACACACCAAGGAGGAGAUCUUGGAGCUGCUGAUCCUGGAACAGUUCUUGGCUAUCCUGCCACAGGAAAUGCAGAGCUGGGUCAGGGAACGCAGGCCCGAGACCUGCAGCCAGGUGGUGGCCCUAGCGGAGGACUUCCUGUUGAUUUUGAAGGUGUCUGAGAGCCACAAAGAGCAGGCACGAAGGAUGUCUGGAAGAGAUCCAUCAGAGAUGGUAAAGAGUCAGCUUCCCAUGGAAACCAUGCAGGAGGGUGACAGAGAGACCGCCUUUCCUGGUGAUUGGCAUGUAAUUGUAAAAGAAGAAGAGGUGGAUCUUCAGCCGGAAGAACCAAAAGAAGUGGGGGGGCCUGGAACAUUGUGGGAAGGUAAAGAAGAUAAGUUUUUCCAAGUUCCUGAGCAGGAACAGAUACACAAAAGUUUGCCUGGGCCUGAAAAUUACCAGGAAAACCAUCCCUGGAAUACAUCAGAACAAACUUUUCUUUGUGAGGGAGCUGGGAAACGUUUGCAUGGAAGGACUUUCCAAGAGGGCUCAUGCAGGCGUAAGAGGAAAAAGGCAGGUGCAGACUGUGGGAAAAGUCUCCGCCAGAGUUUGAACCUUCUUGAGUACCAGCAAAUAGAAACAGGAGAAAAAACAUACAGAUCCCCUGAAUGGGGCAAAAGCUUUAAGCUGAAACUGCAUCUUAAUAUGCGUGGAAGAACACAUGCCCGAGGGAGACCCUCUUUAUGGUCAGACUUUGGAAAGUUCCCUCAGCCGUAUGAAGUUUCUAGACCUCAGGAAAUCCAUGCCAAAGCGAACCAGCAUACAUGCUCUGAGUGCGGGAGAACUUUUAGCAGGCAAUCCCACCUGCUGAUACAUCAGAGAAUGCACACCGGAGAAAAACCUUACACAUGCUCAGAGUGUGGGAAAAGCUUUAGUUAUAGCUCGGUCCUUACAGAACAUGAAAGAAUCCACACUGGGGAGAAACCCUACGAGUGUUCGGACUGUGGGCAAAGCUUCAGCCGGAGGUCGUACCUCAUUCAGCACGAGAGAACCCACACGGGAGUGAAGCCGUAUGAAUGCGCAGAGUGCCAGAAAUGCUUCACUCGUCGCAGUGGCCUUCUUCGACAUCAGAAACUCCACAUGGCCAAGAAGCCAUGCUAAUU